GGACCCGGGAGACAUCCUGAGCUUGUUGAUCAGACACACUUGCUCACAACAACAGAUCUAGGCUGGUCUCUGCUUCGAAGAUUUGCAUGAAAACUCAGAGGUACACUGUAACAACUGGCAGUUGGCUGUUGGAUUUAACAUGUAUGAAUGGGGGCUCCUAGCCCUUCAAUCUGCUUUGGAUUGCCAGCAGGAUUCGUCAGUGAUGUGUUCGUGUUUUUUCCAAGGACCGGCGACACGUGCGGGAAAGGGGCUGCUGUAAAAGGAUCGAAACGGUAUUCAGUUCUACUUAUGCGCUGAAGAAACUGUUUUCUUUACUAUGUUGGGUGGAACCGUGUCUGUUAGAAAUAUCAACUGAACUGUAGUUAUUGCAGAUUCGUAUUCCCCCCCCCACGUAGCAUACAUGCAUUUGUAAUUUGGCAAGUGAAUUAUUUUGCCAAGCAAGUUUUUAUUUCUAAAAAUUCAGAAACUUAAAAGUAUCACAAUUCUGAAACAAAAAACACUAUUUGUUACUAUAAAAAAACAAAAACAAAAGCGUUUUGGAACCUAAACAAAAACAGACGCGAGAUGUCAAAUGUUGCUAUUAUAUGAAAUCGAAUUCGGCGUGAGAGCCUGAUCGUGAACGUGUUGAUGAGAAAAGAAAACAAACAAUUAACAAAACCAUCAGGACUCGUAUAACUGUUUAUUUCGGUUAAACGAAGUGGACAUAUUUAUUUUGGUGAAAUGGAAAAAAUGUGCGAGAGUGCCGAAGAAGUAGUCGUGGACCAGCAGCCCCCGACCCAGAACGGGUAUGUGAUCCACUCCGGCUCGGAUGUCAGGCCACCGUUCAGCAUCCUGAUCGCUACCACGCUGUACUUUGCCGAGUUCGUGACCGCGGCGGUGCUGUGCUAUCACUACAGCCGGUCUGAAGACCCGUUCUGGUUGGGCCUGACCAUCACCUUCAUGCUGGUUCCGUCUGUUCUGAUCCAGCUGGCACUGACGUUCAUCCACCGGGACCUGGGGCGGGAUCGACCUCUGGUCCUGCUGAUGCACUUGCUUCAAAUGGGUCCCCUGAUCAGGUGCAUCGAGGCUCUGGUUGUGUACUUCCGCUCCGGGAAAAGGGAGGAGCCUUACGUCAGCAUCUCCAGGAAGACCCGUCUGAAGCACGGGAUCGAGACGGAGCUGGAGAGCGAGGUCGGGCACUCUGCUCGCAAGCUAGCCGAACAUCGCAACGCCUUCAAACGCACCGCCGUCAUUCAGGCCUUCCUGGGCUCCACCCCCCAGCUCACCCUGCAGCUCUACGCCACCAUCCAUCAGAAAUACCUCUUUACAACCAGAGUCGCUCUGAUGGGGAUCACGCUUGUCUCCAUCACCUACGGAGCCCUGGUCUGCAGCGUGCUGGCCAUCCAGAUCAAAUACGACAACUACAAAGUGCAGCUGCGGCCGCUGGCCUACCUGUGCCUCGUGCUGUGGCGCAGCCUGGAGAUCGCCACGCGGAUGACCGUGCUCGUGCUGUUCUGUACCGCGCUGCGCUACUGGAUCUUCCUCGUGGCUCUGGUCAACAUGCUCUUCCUCUUCUUCCUGCCCUGGGUGGAGUUCUGGAGGAAGAAGGCCCCACUGCCGGAGAACGUGGAGAAGAACUUCAGCAAGGUGGGCACCACAGUGGUGCUCUCCAUGGUCACCUUCCUGUACGCCGGCAUCAACAUGUUCUGCUGGUCGUCCGUGCAGCUGAACCUGGCUGACCGGGACCUCAUCGAGAAGUCUCAGAGCUGGGGCCGCCUGGCCCUCUACUACACUGUGCGCUUCCUGGAGAACUCCAUCCUCAUCAUCCUCUGGUACUUCAAUAAGACAGACUUCUUUGAGUAUUACUGCUCGCCGCUGCUGGUGGUGCAGCUCAUGAUCACCUACAGCCUGGCCAUCUUCUUCAUGCUGGUCUUCUACCAGUACUUGCACCCCUGCCGUCGGCUUUUCACCCACAACGUCAGCGACUGCCUGCACUGCGUCUGUCUCAGGCGUAGAGGUCCUCCCAGGCACACCCAGGUGCCGCCCCUCCCCGACCUCACGAGCGAAAUCCGGGAAACGGACCUGACCGAUGACAUCCUGAUGGACGCAGCUUGAGCAGGUCAUGCUGAUUUGGAAACAGGAUUCAGGCGCAGAUGUGGAGCCAAGGAGCUAUUCAGGUCUGAUUGCUUUCGGGCUUCCGGUAGACCGAACUAAUCAAAGUUCCACAGACCAAAGCAAUCAAGAUGUAGAAUUGCUGUUUGGACAGGCCCGGUGGUGACAAGCCUGGCAGUUGAACAUAGUGUGGGUUUUCAUUUUAUUUGUUUGUUUGUUUUGUUUUGGGGUUUUUUUUUGUUGUUUUUUUUUAUAAGAGCUGUUUUAAAUAUACAUAUUUUAUCAAAGUUUGCUCAGGAUCUGUUAAAAAUAAAUAUAUACCAAAUUCAAUGUACUUCACCUGUAUUUGACAUUUCAUUUUUCCACCCUUGUGAAAAGAUUAGAGCUCUAAGAAGGUAGACUACAUUUGUAUCAUCUGUAACGAGAACUCAAUACUGCUGAAUUUAGAAAUACUUAAAUUAAACUAAAACUAAAUAGUUACAGAUGAUAAAAAUGCAGGCUAUCGAAAAAACCAUGUGCUGUAGAGACUGGGUCUGCAUAAGGCACUGGCAGCAGCAGCAGUACAAGUCCUGUCUGUAGGAGGCUGUGUGGUCCAGUGGUUAAAGAAAAGGGCUUGUAACCAGGAGGUCCCUGGUUCAAAUCCCACCUCAACCACUGACUCAUUGUGUGACCCUGAGCAAGUCACUUAACCUCCUUGUGCUCCGUCUUUCGGGUGAGACAUAAUUGUAAGUGACUCUGCAGCUGAUGCAUAGUUCACACACCCUAGUCUCUGUAAGUCGCCUUGGAUAAAGGCAUCUGCUAAAUAAACAAAUAAUGCUGUCCUGCAGAGAGGCAGAACAAUGCAAGGAGAGAGAGUGGAUUUAUAUUGUACCACAGGACCACAGUGGAGCUUGGCAAAAAACACACACAUUGAGAACAAAGCCCUGCAUUGAUACAGGACUAUCUAGAGGACUUGCUUGAAAAUAUAUAGAAAUAUACACGCCAUAUCUAUUAAACAGCACGGGUCCAUUUGGUUAGCCCUCCUGUUAUUGCAGGUGUGUCAUGGUGCAUGCUAUGGCUCACUACGCCAGCAGAGGGCGCUCUGUAUGUAUGGAUCUCAUUAAAGGAAUCUGAUCUGUUUUUUUUUUUUAUUUCUUUAUUGUUAAUGAAGUACAUUUCUCAGCCAAUCAGGUGGCCUUGGAUCAGUCUAGCUGUGAAAUACCUCAUGUACUUGUAGAUCUGAUAAGUAACACCAUGCUGUACUGCUGAAGUGAUGUUUGUUUACAACUAAUGUGCCUGUGUGCUACUGCUUCGGUACAUGAAGAUUACAUUAAAACAAUGUAAAGCUUGAUAAAGAGUAAAUGCCUUUGGACUCUGUUCUUUC